CAGUUCACAAUCCAAUAGUUAGAGUUAAAAUAUUAGCAACUAAAGUUAACAGUUUAAUUAUUUUUUCUAAAAAAAAAUACUUAUUUUAACAACUAGUAAAAAGCUGAAAAUUCUAACCAGUUUGAGCGAGAUUCAGUUCAACCGUAUCUGAGAGUCUGCGUGUAUUUGUCUGUAUCUCCAAAAUUGCGAGAGAGCGCCCAUCUGGAGAAGAGUGACACCUUAAUUUGGGAGUGAAUUAAAAAUAUCGACGGACUGACUGCAAACAAUUUGCAAUUUCGCCGGUACGUACCUACUCGAGACGGUAGAAUCGGAGAGACGUCCAUUAUUGUGUUGAUGGAAUCUGUCGCGACCAGUGGAGGGCAGCAGCAUGUGUGAUAAAAAUGAUAAGCAAGUGUAGCUCGAAGCGACGAUUGGUGUAAAAUUUAGUAACUUUCCGUGUUUUUGAGUGUCUUAGCAUGUUUGGGCGAAAGUUCCUAUCGUUUUAUUUGUGCAAAAUAUUAUGCAGUUGAACCGCAACACCGGUGUGGGAGCUUAACUGGGCCGCAGUGGCGAUGGACAGUUUUCUUUUGUUAGAGAGAGGUUUUGUAGCAACUAGUCAACGCCGGACAAUAGCCGGAACUUUUCGGACAGUCUCGCCCAGCUGGAUGUGAUACACAUAGCUCCGGCCGGCUUGUUGUCGUAGAAAGUCAGGAGCCCUUAAUUGCGCAUUGCCAAAUGAAAGAACUGCCGUCGGGACUGGGUGCAUUUUUUUACGUUCGUGAUUGUGAUUGGCAAAAGUAUACGUAGUCAGUUAGGUUGAAUCCUCUUGGGACAAACAUAAGAACUGAGUGCAUUUUUGCCCUAGCAUUUGUGAAAUAGAACAGUAAGCAGCAAACCGUAGCAGCAGCUGAUUGCCCUGUAGCCGAUCGUUUGUUUUUGCUGUAUUUUGACGAACACAAUCCUUGGGAAUCGAGUGAACACUUUACCCACCAACCCGUCAAACCACGUACCGCUUCGUGAAUGCCAGCCUUCGCCGAGAUGCUGGUAUCGCAAAGUCCGCCGAUCUACAGUCACUCGCUAGCCGACUACAUUGCGAGCCAGACGGACUGCGGGUCACCGUUCGGCCGUUACAGUUCCCCCGUCACAACCCGCAGCUACUGCCGACCAGCAUCACUGCAGCUAACGCCACCGCCGCUGCGCCGCCAACCGACGCCGUUCAGUCCGCUCUGUGUCAAAAUGCCGGCCUCGCCGAAACGGUCCUGUCUGGUAGUCCGAGUGGAAGACCUUACCCCGGAGGAAGAACGCACAAUCGACCUGCACAGCCCAACGGAUGUCCACGAUAAAAUGCGCAACAAGAAGAAGGUAGUUUUCGCCGAUGACCAGGGCGGUCAGCUGACGCAGGUGCGCGUAAUGAAGGAACCCUCGUACAUGCCACCGGUUUGGAGUUUGCAAUUUCUAGCGCACGUCACCCAGGGCAUGAUCAGUCCGGUACCGCAGGAACAGUGGGUCGUCGAUUUCCGACAGCCGGCCAGUGCCUAUCUGGAGUUUCGCCAAAAAGUUGAGGAACACAACGUGUCGCUCGAAAACGUAAUCAUCAAGGAAACGGAACAUCUGAUCGUCGGCACGGUGAAGGUGAAAAACGUCAGCUACAACAAGGAAGUCAUCGUGCGGUCCUCCUGCGACGGGUGGAAAACGCACGAGGACACCUACUGCACGUAUACCGUGGUUGGUACUGGAGUCGCAUCCGCCUACAUGGUACACGAUACGUUCUCCUUCAAAAUUACUCUUCCUCCUAAGUCCAGGCGGAUUGAGUUCUGCGUCUGUUAUCGAUGUGACAUCGGCGAAUUCUGGGACAAUAACAAUGGUCACAACUACUCACUGACCAACCGGGUAAUGCCACGCCAGGAGUCGAGCAUCUUCUUCCCGUCUCACAACGCCUUCAGGGAUAAAGCGAACAAUAGCAUCAACAUCAACAGUACCUCUCACACCAACAGUACAAACAGCACUAACGGUUUCUGUUCCGACAGCACUAGCCUAAACUCGAACACGUGUGUGGAUCAGACGCUCGAGCUGGACACGUGGCGCCAUAUGAACGCAGAGAACCAUAAUGGACCAUAUUGUUUACCUAGCAUCCUGAAGAAGACCCAACACUCGGAGCCAGCUCCGACUCCCGCGCCGGUACAGCAGCCUCCUGAUAAGCUGAUCGCCGCUCACAAGAAGACCCCGGUUGAGAUAUCCUCUGCUGAUCCUUCACAGUGUGACAUGGUGGACGGUUCUUCGAAGCCGACUCCACCACUGUCGUCAGACCGUACUGAAACGUCGAUCGUGUCGCAAAAACGCACCAACCUAAACCUUAAAAUCAACGCUAUCAGUGGCAGCAUGCGUCGCCACAGUACUAUUCAUCUCAGCAGCACCUGCGGGGACGAAUUCACCCGUUCACUGCAGAUGCCACCGAGCCGGUGCAGCACGCCACGUGACACGGGCCGACAAUACUUCAUCCGGGAACGUUCUGAUGGUGACGACUUGCUAACCAAUCUGCUUAACCUGCGGGAAAUGAUGCUUAGUCAGAAUGUACAUGGUUGAAGCUGGACUUUUUGAGAAAUGUUUUUUUUGUUAAACUCAUUAAUUGUAUAUUGUGACUACCAAUAUUUUAAACACAUACAUACGCACACACAUUUGUGGGAAGCAAGCCGGAAUAUAAUAGCUUAUGCUGAACAGUUUGCUCGUACUAUUCUUCGUGUCCAUUGUAGGUUCAAGAAUGUUUAGUUUUUGAUCAACUUUUUAUAAGCAAUUUUAGAAUUACACCACAUUUAACGCUUUGUGUUGAAAUAAAUUGGCCUAACCUAUUUAUGUCAGGUGAAAAGAGCGACGAGGAACGCCUACUCUGCUACAGUAGUGAGCAAACGGGAGACGGAAGAUGUCUUGGAAAAAAAUUUGGGUUGUUGAGAAGUACUGCAUAUUGUACUGUCAAUGUUACUUGCAGGCCGAAAAGCGACGGCCGUUGAACAUGGCCUACUAGUAGUCAGUCAGCAGCAUGCGGGUCCUCGCUAGGAGCACCGGUUGUACUAUUUAUUAUUUAUUAUUUGUUUUUGAUCGUUUUUUAGCUCGGUUAGCGCCGUGUGAUAGACUCGUGCCGCGCGCACUAGUAUGCCAUGACAGGAAGGAAAUCAGUUUACCUAGCAAAGCGAAGAUGAACCACAGUUCUCUGUGGAUGAACUCUUCGAACGAAUAGUCAGCAAGAAAAGAAAUUUUCUGAAUGGAAAGGAAAGAAACUAGUAAAGUGUUUAGCAAGCAUACAGAAAAGAAUUGUACAUGAAUAAUAAUCAAAGAAAAAAAAUUAACUCACACACGUGCACACACAGAACAUCGAAACAAUACAAAACAAAUCACAAAACCCUAGUAACGAAUGAAAAAUGAUAGAAACCAAAAGACUGAUUGUGUCCACAAAUUAAAUUAAUUUGCAUGCAAAGGUGAGCGUUAGGUUGCAACUACAGCAGCGAAAAAGUCAGACGGAAUGGAACAGGAAACUAAACUAAACAAAAAUGUUUUGAACAUCAGGAAGUCUCCCUUAUUAUUUGUAUAUUUUUAAGGAAACAAACAAACAGAAAAACAACUACUAGCACUAAAUGUCGAGUGUGAGCAAUCUUUUAGUUCUUUUAUAAAGUACCUUUAAUUUGUUGUUAGUUUUCGCUACGAGUUUGCUCAGUGAAGAUUUAUAUGCUAGUAAAAGCUUCAAAGAGACAUUGUAUGUUGACUGAUAAAAUACCACUGAGAUUGGCAAACAAUUUGUAAACGCAUGUCGAAAAUGGUGAUCAAAUCGUGAUCGUGAUAAUACUACAUUAGAACAACCAGGGACCGAACGGGCAGAACAACCGAUAGAUAUCGGUAGCACUAUAACUAACUAUGAAGCCUAUGAUCGUGAAUAAGACGUGUUAAAAUACUAAGAUUAAGUGACGUCUCGAUCAGGUUGAUGUAAUAAUGAAUGGAUUUUAAUUCCACACCGCCAUAGAAUUGCUGAACUUUUGCGCACCCCCUAAGUGCCAUGCGUUUAGCUGAAGACUUGAGCUCGGUUGUAUAUAGUAGAGUUAAGUUUGAUAUCUCUUGGAUAGUUAUAUGUAAUAAUCAAUGAUCUGCCGGCGAUCUUUUUUGGAAGCGCAACAAGAACCGCAUCCAGUCCACUCUGUUGUGCAUUGUACAGACCUACCGCACACAACAUACGGUCCUGGUGGUUCGAGCGGAGUGAGCAACUUGUUUUAUUUUUUACAGUUAGAAAUAAUGCUAACAAGUGUUUAUUAUCUAGUGGUUAGUUCAUAUAGCUUUUAUUAAAAA